AUGGUUAGAAUUUUCGGCAAGGACAUUAGCAUCCCUGGCCUCCCUCCAAGGCUGGGAAUUAACAUCGUGGAAAGCAAAUGGUUUGAGAAGCAAUGCCGGAGGGCGUUCAAUGAGUGCGACGUCGACCGCGAUGGCGCUCUUGACAACAAGGAAAUUUACAUUGGCCUUCUGAAAUUGUAUGAUUUGAUUAACCGCAAGUUGCCGUACCAUGUACGAGUUCCUUCUAUCGAAGAGUUCCUGCACUGCUGUCGGGGCCUGGUGGGCCACCACAAGGACUGGAAGGACUCCCUCUUCUUGAAGAUCGGUCUGGCGGUGCUGCUCAAGGCGCUGGGCUUUCCGUACCUGGCUGGAUUAAUCAAGCAGGGCGCCAGCCAGCUGGGUAUAACUGCCGUGAAGGGACUGUCAUCUCGCCUGCAAGGGUGUGACUACCACGCCUCUUCCGCGCGCACUCCCUACCCGUAA